GAGUUCCAUGCUUCAGCUCUUCACUCUCCACUCCCAUUUCCGCAGCCAUGGAAGCUCUGCACUUUGAUUCCCAACCCCACCUCGUUAUCGUCCCAAGUCCCGGCGUUGGCCAUCUAAUUCCCCUCGUCGAGUUCGCCAAACGCCUCGUCUCCCUCCACAAUUUCUCCAUCACCAUCGCCAUUCCCUCCAACAUCCCUCCGACCAAACCCCAAAGAGCUGUCUUAACCAACCUCCCUUCCACCAUCCAACCCCUCUUCCUCCCCCCCAUCUCCUUCAACGAUCUCCCCGAAAACCCCAAAAUCGAAACCAUCAUCAUCCUCUCUGUAACUCGCUCUGUUCCAUUCCUUCGCGACCUCUUCAAAUCCCUCAUCGGAAAAACCCAUCUUGCUGGCCUUAUCGUCGACCAUUUCAGUACUGACGCCUUCGAUGCCGCCAUCGAAUUCAAUGUCCCUUGCUACCUUUUCUUCCCUCCUUCUGCCAUGAACCUUUCCUUCGCCUUACAAAUGCCCAGCCUCGACCAAAUCAUCACCGGCGAGUACAGGGAUCAUCCCGAGCUGAUUCAGAUUCCGGGGUGCAUUCCGAUUCAUGGGAAAGAGCUUCAGGAACCGACUCAAGAUAGGAGUGACGAUGCCUACAAGCUAUUGCUCCAUAACUGUAAGAGGUAUAGAAUGGCGGAUGCCAUUUUUCUGAACAGCUUCCCUGAAUUGGAGCCUGAAGCUAUAAAAGCUCUGCUAGAGGAGGAACCAGGGAAGCCCCCUGUUUAUCCAAUUGGUCCGCUGGUGAGGAAAGGCUGCAGUGAAAACGAAGAGAGAGCGGAUUGUUUGAAAUGGCUUGAUGAACAGCCAAAGGAGUCUGUUCUGUUUGUGUCGUUUGGGAGUCGGGGGGCUCUAUGGCGUGAUCAAAUCACCGAAUUGGCGUUGGGAUUGGAAAUGAGUGGGCAGAGAUUCAUAUGGGUCGUUAGAAAACCGAAAGACGAGACGGCUACCACGACGUUGUUUAACGACCAGAAUGAAAAGGAGGUGUCGAGAUUCUUGCCGGAGGGGUUUAUGGAAAGGACUAAAAACAGGGGAAUGGUGGUGCCAUUGUGGGCGCCACAGGUUGAGGUGCUGAGGCAUGAGUCCACCGGGGGGUUCUUGAGCCACUGCGGGUGGAACUCAACUCUGGAGGCUGUGGUGAACGGGGUGCCUCUGAUUGCUUGGCCGGCGUAUGCAGAACAGAGGAUGAACGCCCAUAUGCUGACAGAGGACAUUAAAAUUGCUUUGAGGCCAAAGAAGGAGGAGGAAAGUGGAAUUGUGGAGAAGAAAGAGGUUGCAGAAGUGGUGAAGUCGUUAAUGGAAGGUGAAGAGGGGAAAAGGGUUCGUGAGAAAAUGAAGUAUCUGAAGAAUGCAGCAGAAAGAGCUCUGGGAGAAGAUGGAUGUUCUUCCAAAGCACUCUCUGAAAUAGCUCUCAAGUUGAAGAAGACGAAGAUUGGGGAUUAAGUGAAUAAUGUAAUAAUAAGAGAAUGUUGUAUCGUGUUUACCCUAAUAAAAUUCUCUUUUCACUUCUCCA